AUGACGAGAGUGACAUUUGAGAUACUCCAUGAAGUUGUUGGCCAUUACAUGUUUGAAAGAGGAAUCAUGCAACGACUUUCUGGAUACGAUGUGGACCUAAUCUUGAUGCAUACCUUGUGGAUUUUGGCGACUCCUGACUCUUAUCGUAGCGUUGCUACGCAGUUUAACACCACUCCAUCUACAGUGUAUAGGCACUUCAUCAAAGUCGUUGAAGCCCUCUGUGAACUAGCACCCCGAUUUAUAAAGUGGCCUUCUCAGGAAGAGCGUGGAGUAAUUGCAAAUGCUUUUGAAGCCUACUCAGGUUUUCCUGGUGUUGUAGGUGCAUGUGACGGCACAUAUAUGGUAAUUAAUGCCCCUAUAGUGCAACCUCGAAGAUACAUUGAUCGACAUCAUCAAUAUUCAUUGAACACACAAGCAGUCUGUGAUCACAAUCUCGUUGUGCGUGAUCUGCAUGUUGGUGAGGCAGGGGCAUUGACUGAUGCCAGGGUGUUCCGACGGAGCCCCCUAUGCAGACAACUGCUAACAAAUCCUGAUAAGCUGGAGGCAAAUCAGCACAUGCUAGGAUACAGCAUUUAUAUGCUUACUGACAAGCUCCUCACUCCCAUUAGGAACAAUGGCCGCCUAACCCGGGCUCAGAAAGCCUACAAUUACCGCUUGAGUAGGUGCCGUGUAAGAAUAGAACAUUGCUUUGGCAAGAUCUUCUCCCAGUGGAGGCGUUUGAAAUUUUUGGAGAGCUACAAUAUUGAGUAUGCAGUCAAAACUAUUGUGGCAUGUUUUGUACUGCACAAUUUCAUGAUACUGGAGGGUCAUGAAGUUCAUGAUUUUGUUGAUCCAGAUGAGCCUGAUGAUGUCAUUGAGGAUCAGGACGACAUGGCAGAACAGCUGCUUGAGGGAGAUUAUGAUAACUUGCCUGAAGAUUUUCUGGAAAGAAACCCAAUUGUGCGCUUGUUGCAAGAGGCAAGAGUUGCUGGCAGGCAUAAGCGCAAUGAAAUUGUUCAACGUUUUGCUGAUUUAAAUUAG